UUUUGUCUUCUGCUGAUGUACUGAACAUUUAUUGAUACCCAUAUUAUACAUGGCAAGAAGAAAUUGUCUUUUAUAGAAGUUAUGCCUGUGUUGUAGUAUCUAUUACCCUAUUGACCAGGAUGUUUAUUUUUGAAUGUAGAAGAAGCCAAAAGUGAACUCGGAUAUUACAGCUCUAAAUUUUUCUAUGGGAAGUUAGCACUCACAACUGCGACGUACUUUAUCUUCCUCAAGGUUUAAAAAAAAAAUAUUUAAGGACAUAAAGGGGGUUCAUAAGGCUGGGUCUGUAAAUACCAUAUAGUUUCCCCAUGUUUUUAUCUAGAUUUAAAAGUAAGAGCAAAUACUUGCACUGAUUAACUGAGGGCCCAUAGAGUUGACUGGUGGAAGAUGGUUUUGAAAUGGGGGACAACUGACAAAAGAAGGGACUAUAUUACAGACUCCCAUCAUGUCUUAAACUGAAACAGGUUGUCUCAGUUAAGAAAGAUUAAGUAAACCGGAUGAACUGAACAAGAAUGUAUGAAUCAAUGUAAUACAAGUAACGUUUUUUGAAAGUAAUCAUAAUAUCUUUGAUAUUUAAAAUAGUACAGCAGACAAUCCUGCAAUAUGUUAAAACCAUAUUUAUAAAACUGAAUCAACAGAUAUCAGUGUCUCAAAUAGACCGCAAUCACUGUAUACAGAAAUGGUAAAGCAUGAAGUGCUUGAGGCCUCCUUGGUUGUCAUAGAUGUAUUAUUUCGUAAUUUUCACUCUAUGACUGGGGAAGCAGAUAUAUUUGAGCUGCAGCUGUAAUAAAUAUUAACUGUUUUUAUCACGAAACAGUAAUUCGCCAAAAUGACUUAUUUUUAAUAUUCAGCUAUCAACUUUUUUUUAAAGAUGAUGAAGUCAGGAAUGGCUUGUAAAAGACUUGUAUUCGAUCAAGAAUAUGGUGAAGAGUUUCAGCAGUUUCGCAUUCUUCUUUAUGGGGAAUAUCCACAAACUCCAUCGUGGUGAUGACUACGCAAAGGGGAAUUUACUCUUCAUCGACAAUCUCAUCUGUGCCGUAUCGCGAUCGCAUAGCCAACGUGCAUACGCAAUAUUAUCCUUUCGACAUCAUCAUAUGCAUCGCUGUUUUAGCGGUUUUAAAAAUUCGAUCGAGUGAAGCGUCUGUCGCUACGGGUUGUGCAUAUGCAGCGUCUCUGCGAAGCGUGGUUAAUGAACUCAAGACUAAGAAGUCAUCACCUUCAGUACUAAGUGCAGAUAAGAGAAACUACAGACAUGGAGUUCCUACCGAUUGUGAUGGCAGCCGGUACUGGGUCCCGUAUGACUCACCUCACAGUACAGUGUCCAAAAGCUUUGUUGCCUGUGGGAAACUAUCCAAUGAUUUAUUAUCCCAUACACAUGCUAGAACGCUAUGGGUUUCAAGAAGUGAUUGUUGUGGUCUUUGACGCCUACGAAGCUGAAAUUCGCAAGGUCUUGCGUGAAAACUGUGGUGUAACAAUAAAGAUGGAGUUUGUUGGUAUUCCUCAUACAGAAGAAUGGGGCACUGCUGAAACUCUUCAGCAUAUUCGCGAUCGAAUACAAACAGACAUACUUGUGGUUGGCUGUGAUUUGAUCACUGAUCUGGACCUAAAUCAGGUAGCCAAUGUACAUCGCAAACACAAUGCCUCAGUCACAGUUUUGCUUUCCAAGCUGCCAGAAAGUGGAGAUUUACCGACUCCAGGCCAAAAAGGGAAAUCAGAACCAGAAAAGGUUUGCUUUGGUACCGAUGAACUUGAAGAGAGGUUAUUGAUGACGAAAACUGUCGCAGACAUGGAUGAAGGAGGCGAAGCACUUUCUGCACGACAACUCAAGAUAUAUCCUCAUAUGAGAAUACGGACAACUUUUACCGAUUGCCACAUGUACCUUAUGAAAAAAUGGGUGGUUGACUACCUUGCUUAUAGCAAGGACUGCAAGAAAAUGACAUCAAUCAGAGAAGAGCUUUUACCUCGGAUUGUGAAAAAACAGUUUCCUUCAGGAAAGAGGCUGAAAAAGAGUCGCAGCAUGUGGAAAAAGCCUGUCUCAGAACUUGAGCAAGACCUUGUUGAUGACUUGUCUUUAAUGAUACCAAACAUCAAUGAAUUGCCAGAUAUCUACGCGUUUAGUGAACAUGCAGCAGAACAGAAAAAAAGCUCAGACAUAAAAAAGCUGGCCCAAGAAAUGUCAUCUUGGUAUGAUCCCCGUGGGCAGGAAGCUGUAGAAAAUGAUGUCAUUCGUUGCUUCACCUACAUCCAAAGUACAGGCUUUUGUAUGCGCACAAAUACCAUUGGCACUUACUGUGAAGCUAACAGACAGAUCUCCAAAGUGAUUGAAACACUUGUGCCUGGCAUAAAAGGAAAGGGACUUAUACAUCCAUCAGCAACAAUCAAAGACAAGUCUCAGAUUGGUCCAGAUUGUCUUGUGGCAGAAGGAGUAGUUAUUGGAGAAAAGGUUUCUGUAAAGCGGUCCAUCAUUGGAAAAAAGUGUAUCAUAGGUGAUAAAGCAAAGAUUGCUAAUUCUGUCAUUAUGGAUGAUGUCGUCAUAGGGGAAAGCUGUAUUGUGAUGAACUGUGUGAUUGGUUCCUCUGCCAGUCUGGGGGAAAAAUGUGAACUCAAAGACAGCGUAAUAGGACAUGCCACACAACUGGCAGCUAUGAGUAAAUAUAGUAAUGAAGUGAUAACAGAUGUGGAGGGGUCUAUGGAAGUCUGAAUAUUAUGUGUGGCCAUAGAGAAUACUGGAACAGAUCUACUACUAGCCAAGGUGUCCAGAAGCCUGGGAAAAUGGUGUCCAUCAAGUGAUGAGCUCUCAAGCCAUGUCAGUGGCACACGAGUAACAUAGAUUAUAUUAAUUUUUAGCCCUUGCUGCUCUGCUUUUGGUCUUAGUGUGAGGAGUACAUUAGGGAAGAUUAGGGAAGGUGAAAGGCAGCUGAAUAGUGUAUGUUGGUCUAGUGUGGUUCAACCAGAGUGCAUUUACUUGAAAUUAGCAUAUAUUGUGGGCUAGUUUGCAGAACCUCAUAGAAAAAAGUUUUAAAUCAGCAUGAUGAAACUACAAGUAAUUUUCUAUUGUACCUCCCCCGCCUCUCCCCAUGCACAUCCCUCUGAAAAUCUGUUUGGCAUUUAAUGAAGGAAAUCUCCAGGAUGUUUAGUUUCACAAGGGCUAUAGAUAAAGUAGAUAAAGGGUACAUAAGCUAAUUUGAAAAUGGAAGGAGGCUGUAACAAGAGAUAUUUUUUAAGUGUAGCUGGAAGUUUCACUUGUACAGAACUGUGCUGGACUCUCUGGGACAAAGGGAAUAAUAAUAAAGUGUGUGUGCACGUGAAUGUGUUUGCAACUUUUUUUAGUUUAUUCUUUUCAUGAAUGAAGUACUUUAGAGGCUGAGAAUAUAAGGCUUCAGUUCAGUUUGGAGCACCUGAAUGAUCUUGCUUUGCUGCAAAGACAUGCUUAACAGUCUCGACCAAACUGUUCACCAAGUGGGAGAAGGGUUGGGAGAGUCUACCACUGUCAGAGUAAUAAGGCAGUGAUGGGCUGGCUCUUAUUUUCCUUAAGCCUGUUAUAGUAUCAUUGUAUUCAGAGGACAAAUGUGAUACUUAUAGAAAGCUUUGUGAUUUUUAUCUAAGACUAAAUGCAGAUAGUAGAACUAAUGAUUCAAGAUUUAUUACUUUAUUGCAUAGACAGGAACUAAUCACAGCAAGGGAACUGUUACUAUAUUCCCAUCACAUCUCUUUCUUUUGAAUACUCUUCUAUUACUCUUUAGCACAUGAUUCACAUUAGAGUAUGUAUUUUGUGUGAUGACAGUAGUUUUCUAGUCUAGAGUGUCCUUACUGUCACUAGCUUUUGGGGGAAAAUGACAUAAAAUGUGUUUGGCGUAUGGGAACUGGUAAUUUGAUUAUAACUAAGAUCUGUUUUUCAUGUACUGAAAGUCAUGACAAAUGAAAACUGUGACUAAUGAAUAUGGGCUGGGUUGUAUCAAGGGUAAGUGGACAGUUUUACAAAUCUACUCAUUUUUGUUAUUUAAAAAAAAAGACACAAAUGCUUAUGCAACCCAUCACUGCUUGCUGAUUCAAAUGCUAGUUUUCCUUUGCAUUAAAAUUAUUAAAAGGUCAUAAUGUGCUUGCA